AUGGCAUUAUUUGUUACAGGCUUCUAUAUUCACAUUUUCAUCACAAAGAGGAAACAAAGUGAAGAUACACAUGUUCUGGAUACUGUUUUCAAAGAAGUAUAUUAUUUACUAGUAUCAUCAACAAUUCUGAUAAGUUUGAUAAUCAAUUGCAAAAAGUAUGGUUUGAUCACGAGAGCUCUCAAUCAAAUUGCCCAGGUAGAUAUAGAGCUGAAAAAUAUGGGACUUUCACCGAAUCAUAACAAAUAUAAGAAUUACAUUACAGUGUACGUCAUCCUGACAAUUCUUCCAGUUGUAGUUUCGGAAUACUUUGAAUGCAAUAUGAUCAUCUUCAGUACCGAGAAUCCGACUUUGAAUUGCUAUACUUUGUGCUGCUUCACUUUCAUCAUAAAAGCAAUGGAGCGAACCCUAUUCACUUCAUACAUACUGUUAAUGAAGGACAGAUUUGAAAUACUGAACAAAGAGCUUUCAACAAUGAGUAACUUGAACUUGGAAUCAACCGGCUGGUCAAGACAGUUGAAGGUCAUCUAUGUACGUCCGUUUAUGGAGAAGAACAAAUUGAAAUCAUUGAGGAAACUUCAUGAUAAGUUGUGCUCCGUUGGUAAAAUGAUAAAUGAAUAUUUUUCAUUCCAACUGUUACUGUUGAUAGGGAUAACGUUCAUGGAGUUCACCAACUGGGCGCACCUAUGCAUUGGGAGAUUUCGAGAGGUUUUAAUAGGGAAAUUAGAUAUAAAGUCAACAAUCAUGCUUUUCAUGAUGCCUGUAUCGAGCAUUGGUUCCAUAGUGUUGUUGUGCAUUAUCUGUACUGUUUUGAAAAAUGAGGUUCACAAGACUGGUGAUAUCUUAUUUGAAGUGAAAAAUGAGCACGACUUUUCUGUAGUGAAGGAAGUAAGUUUGUUUUCUUUGUUUUCACAUUAG